AAUAAAACAAAAGGACAAGCUACCUUUUUUAUUUAUUUUUAAUCCCGUAUAAUCAGAAAUUAAAAUAUACCUUGUCCGUUUUGUUUAAAUAAAAUAUGAAUGAACCAUUAAACUUAAUUUACCUGAGGGUGAAUUUAUACAGCACUAUCGCCCUCUAGUGUAUGUUAAGUGUAUUUAAAAACAUUUAAAAUUAUUUUGGUCAACUUAUUUAAAGCAUUUUUAUUCAUUAUGGUGAGUUUUGAGGCUGAAAAAUAUCCAGAAAUAUCCAGAAUUUGUGUAAGGGUGCUUUUAAAGAAAAUAAAUAAAUAAAACAAAAAACACCGGUAAUGAAGGAUCAGGUCAGACUUAAAUUUGGACAAAAUCAAUAUUAUUCUUUAUAUUUUUACUAAUUAUUAUUAUUAUUAUUACUAAAAUUAUUAUUAUUUAAAAAAAAAUAAAAAAAAAUGCAGGCGUCAAGUUUUUAGACUAGACGCUGUUAACAUUUUUGGCCUAUCCGACGCACCGUAGAUUCUCGUCACGUGACCAUGACAGUUUCCUCUCACUAUUGUACUACACUUCCAUGUUUUUCAGCCAAAGCCAGCAGCUGUGAUGUGAAACGGCGGUGACAGCCGCAGCUGCCGCGUGCUUCGUCCUCGACGUCCCGGUGCGGGGAGCGUGACCCGCGUCGCAGCGGCCCGGAGAGGAGAUGGGAGACAUGACGAAGUCUGUGGCUUUCCAGAGCAAGCUAGCCUCCAUCGUGGAGAUGCUCGCCAAAGCAGCCGUGCUGGAAAUCAACAAACUGUGGGAGGACAGCUUUGCUCUUGUGCAGGUCGAGCUCCGCCGACGAGAAAGUGAAAUCGAAGCGCUCAAUUGUAAGAUCAAGUUCCUGGAAAACGAGGGAUUCUCCAGUUUCCAGAAAGCUCCGAAUAAGUCAUCAUCAUGUCUCCCAAAGAAGGAUCAGCAGAAGCAGCAGCUGCCCCCGCAUGGUGAUGAGCUUCCAGUAGAACCAGUCCAGACGUUCCCUUCUGACCAGAGCGUCAGAGAUAAGGCCGACUCCUCCGUGAACACAACGUCACCACUCCCUCCCACGGUGGAGAAGCUCAAGGCUGCCGGCUCCAGAGCCGAGGACGGAGAGGAUGAAAACUUAACCGUUAAGCUGGAAGACGAGGAUGAUGUCCAGAUCGUGGAGCAGGAGGCGGACUCGGAUCACGUCUGUCACGACGGCAACCUGGACAUGGAGCCGAACCAACAACCAGCCGAGUCUGAGCAAGAACUGGAGACCCAGCUGUGGUCGCCCGUCGUCGUGGGGGACAGCGACCCCGCAGAAGACUCUGACUGCUUCUUUGAACCGCCGCCGGCGCAAAGCCUGGACUCUGAGAUCCUGCUCAUUCAGAACGCACUGGACAUUUUAGAUGGCUCAUCAGAGGCGGUUCACUCUGACAGGUCUGUACGGGAUCACGCCGCUGUCCAAUGUGUUUCAAGUAAGUCCAGAAGUUCUGGGACGUUCAGCCAACCAAACCGACCAGCAGAACCAACCAAUCAGCAUGACGGAGGAGCUUCUGUCCGGUUUCUUUUAGAAAAACAGCAGCAGAGUAAAAAUGCUCCACGUUUACACACGGACAACAACCGCUUCUUUCUGCUGAACGACCAAGAGCUGCACAAAACCAUAGCAAGCCGGCGCAUGAAGGAGAAGUGGUACAUCUGCCCGUUCUGCGGCAAAAGCUUCGAUCGGAUCAGCCACCUGGAGAUUCACCAGCGAAUCCACACGGGCGAGAAGCCGUACACGUGCGACACCUGCGGCAAGAGCUUCUCGCAAAGGAGCAACCUGCGCACGCAUCAGCGGACUCACAAAGAGGCUCUCAGUCAGAACGCAGUUUGAUUCUCAGGAAAGACUUCCAGUCGUCGAAGUUUAGAUCAAUAAAUGUAUUUUUAACGCUUCUAGAACUGUUUAAAGAAACUGAUUUUAAUGCGUAGAACAGCUUUGUCAUGGUCUGAGGUCGGAAUCGCAUCUCCAGACAUGUUCCUCUGCAUCGUCACUGUGGCUCAUUCACAGCCUUUCAGUAACAAUAAAAAACACCAAGAUACCA